UGAAACGCCUCAAACCUUCUUAGGGUUUAUAGUCAGCCUCACUUCUAUUAUUUUGACGCUUUCCCACACCUCUGGUGUCCGGUCUGCCGCAUGGCCUGCGCUGCAGCAGCCGACCCGUGAGGAGCUACCUCGCGGCUCGCUCUCGCGGAGGAAUACAAUUGCGCGCAGUGCCGCGGAGGAAUAUCAGCACUAUAUAAGGCUGGCGCAGGCGCGUCGAGGCCCUUUCCUGCGGCGGUGGCGGUCGGGGCGGGCGCAGCCGCCAUGGGCUUCGGGGACCUGAAGUCCGCCGCGGGCCUUCGCGUCCUCAAUGACUUCCUGGCCGAUAAGAGCUACAUUGAGGGGUACGUUCCUUCGCAGGCUGAUAUAGCAGUCUUUGAAGCGAUCGCUGCCCCUCCGCCUGCAGACUUGUUCCAUGCUCUCCGGUGGUACAAUCACAUCAAGUCGUAUGAAAAGCAAAAGGCAAGCUUGCCAGGAGUAAAGAAGGCUUUGGGAAAAUAUGGUCCUGCAGAUGUUGAGGACACAACAGGUGCGACCACAGAUAGCAAAGAUGAUGAUGACAUUGACCUUUUCGGAUCUGAUGAUGAGGAGGAAAGUGAAGAAGCCAAGAAACUGCGGGAGGAACGUCUGGCCCAAUAUGAAUCAAAGAAGUCCAAAAAACCAGCUGUUGUUGCCAAGUCAUCAAUCUUGCUUGAUGUGAAACCUUGGGAUGAUGAGACAGACAUGGCCAAACUAGAGGAGUGUGUUCGAAGCAUUCAAGCAGAUGGCUUGGUCUGGGGAUCUUCCAAGCUAGUACCUGUUGGCUAUGGUAUCAAAAAGCUUCAGAUACAAUGUGUUGUUGAAGAUGAUAAAGUUGGAACAGAUAUGCUGGAAGAAAGAAUAACGGCUUUUGAAGAUUAUGUACAAUCAAUGGAUGUAGCUGCUUUCAAUAAGAUUUAAGUCUUGAUAUAUCUAGAAUAAAUGUUGUUGCAAAAAA